AUGACCUGGGCAAUCAAACUGUCUCAGUAUGAUUUACAGUACAAACCCAUACAUGCAAUCAAGGCCCAAGCAAUGGCCGACUUCCUGGUAGAGGUAACAAGAAACAAUCCCGAGACACCAAGCACACGGUGGAAGCUCCAUGUGGACGGAGCCUCCAACCAAACAUUCGGGGGAGCGGGAAUCAUUCUAGAAAGCCCAACGGGAGUCGUGUAUGAGCAAUCGGUCAAGUUCGAGUUCCCGGUGUCCAAUAAUCAAGCAGAAUACGAGGCCCUCCUUGGCGGCCUACUUUUGGCAAGGGAAAUCGGAGCCCCCAGAGUGGAAGUAUGCAGCGACUUCCAGGUCAUCACAUUACAGAUUAAUGGAACGUAUCAGACCAGGGACUCCCUGCUGCAGAAAUACUUGGAGAAAGUUAAAAAGCUGAGCGAGGAGUUCGACGAGUUCACAGUGCAACAUGUUCCAAGAGAGAGGAACACCCGAGCUGACCUCCUAUCAAAACUGGCAAGCACAAAACCAGGAACAGGGAACCGAUCUCUGAUUCAAGGUUUAGUGAAGGAACCAACGGUGACCCUGCAUAUAGCAUGUACAAUCGAUCCCCCUCAUGGAUGGACCCAAUCAUCAACCUCUUGGAAAACAAUGGACUACGUGCUAAGCGAAGUCCACGAGGGGUGCUGCGGCCAUCACAUCGGAGGAAAAGCCUUAGCCCGAAAGCUCGUCAGGGCCGGCUACUUUUGGCCCUCAAAGAUGUCGGAUUCCAAGGAGUUCGUGAAGAAAUGCAGGAGGUGCCAAGAAAACACCAACUUUCACAAAGCACCGGCAGUCGAGCUAAGCCUACUGAUGGCCUCCCGACCAUUCUCUCAGUGGGGAGUCGACUUGCUAGGACCCUUCCCGGUCGGACCUGGGCAGGUCAAAUACCUAAUUGUUGCCAUCGAUUAUUACACCAAGUGGGUGGAGGCCAAACCGUUGGCCAGCAUAUCUUCGGCAAACUGCCGAAAAUUCAUGUGGAGGCAAGUAAUAGCCAGAUUUGAGAUCCCGGAGGUCGUCAUCUCAGACAACGGAACACAGUUUGCCGAUAAAAGUUCGGAAAAUUUCUCGCCGGUUUAG